AAAUCCCUGACGUCACUCAGUUUGAUGAGAGGCUGUGGAGAGGAAAGGUGUAACCGGUCAUUCUGUGCGGAGAAUUGUUUAUUUGGCUCAUUCGUGAGUGAUUCAACAUCCCGUUGAGGUGUUUUGAAGGAGAGGACGCCGGAGCGGACGUGAAGUGAAGGGAGGACCAGCCGAUGAGACUACACUGGGAUAAUGGAGGACAACAGCAAACGACAGGGCACCAGAGUAUUUAAGAAGAGUUCUCCAAAUGGGAAAAUUACAGUUUAUUUAGGAAAGAGAGACUUUGUGGAUCACAUCACACAUGUUGAUCCAAUUGAUGGAGUGGUACUCAUUGACCCUGAGUAUUUAAAGGAUCGGAAAGUAUUUGGUCAUGUUUUAGCUGCUUUCCGAUAUGGCCGCGAAGACUUGGAUGUCCUGGGCCUCACCUUCCGUAAGGACCUUUACCUGGCCUCAGAACAGAUCUUCCCUCUGGACCCCAAUAAUAAGAGGCCUCUCACAAGGUUACAGGAACGACUCAUCAAGAAAUUAGGCCCCAAUGCCUUUCCGUUCUUCUUUGAGCUACCUCCACACUGCCCUGCCUCUGUCACAUUACAACCAGCACCAGGAGACAUGGGAAAACCCUGUGGUGUUGAUUAUGAACUGAAGGCUUAUGUGGGAGACACGGUUGAUGAUAAACCUCAUAAACGAAAUUCAGUUCGGCUGGCAAUCAGGAAGGUCAUGUAUGCCCCUAUAAAGCAAGGAGAACAGCCAAGUGUAGAGGUUAGCAAGGAGUUCAUGAUGUCUCCCAACAAGUUACACCUGGAGGCAUCAUUAGACAAAGAGUUGUACUAUCAUGGAGAGACAGUUGCAGUGAAUGUCCAUAUACAGAAUAAUUCCAAUAAGAGUGUCAAGAAAAUUAAAGUUUCAAUUCGUCAGUUUGCAGAUAUCUGCUUAUUUUCAACAGCACAGUAUAAGUGUACAGUUGCAGAAACUGAGAGUGAGGACGGGUGUCCUGUAGGGCCGGGCUUUACCCUCUCUAAAGUGCUGCACCUCACGCCCCUGCUUCGUAACAACAAGGACAAACGUGGCCUAGCACUAGAUGGCCAGCUCAAGCACGAGGACACCAACCUUGCGUCCUCAUCAAUGGAAGGCUGCCCUGUGGGGCCGGGCUUCUCCAUCAGUAAGGUUUUCACGCUGACGCCACUUCUCAGCAACAACCGAGACAAGUGGGGUCUGGCCCUUGAUGGGAAGCUCAAGGAUGAGGAUACCAACUUAGCAUCCUCCACUGUUAUUACUGAUUCAAGUCAAAAGGAGAAUCUUGGCAUCAUUGUCCAAUACAAGGUUAAAGUAAAGCUGAACCUUGGUCCAUUAGUUGGUGAUCUGGUUGCAGAGUUACCCUUCACAUUGAUGCACCCCAAGCCAGAGGAGGAGCCUGAGGUAAAUAACAAGCCUGCAGUCCCUCCUGCCUCCUCUCCGACACAGGAUCCCAAUUCUGCUCCGGCAGUGGACACCAAUCUCAUUGAACUUGACACGGAUGGAACAACUUGUUAUGCUGACCAAGAUGAUGACAUUAUUUUUGAAGAUUUUGCUCGGCUGCGAUUGAAGGGAGAAACAGAGGCGUAGGAACCCUAAUGUCCUCCUGACAGAGAAGCAUCCUCUACAGCCAAAGCAGUAUUCACUUGGAAGCAUAGAGGGGCUCCCACCAGACUAAUCAUGAAUGCGUAAUGUCAUAGAUACAUGUCAUUUUGGGUUAUUUUUAUCUAGAUUCUGUUUCAUGGUUGUAGAAAAAGAAGAUUCAUAACUUUUAUUAUUAUUAUUAUUAUUAUUAUUAUUAUUAUUAUUAUUAUGCAAGCUUACAAGUGCAGACACAUCAGCAAAAUAAGCGCACAACUACAACUAUAGAAUUCUUAAAGAACAGAGUUAUUUGUAUUCGCCCUUUCUCUCUUCCUCCUGCAUUCAUUCGCUGUCUCUCUUCCGCCCUCAUUCAUUCAUUUCACCAUCUCUCUUUCUCCCUCAUUCCUUUACCAUCUUUCUUUCUCCCUCUCUCCUUGACUUUUCUUCUUAUUCACUUUAUCUUUCUCUCUAUAUGUUUUAGACAGACAUGUGUUAUAAGAUAUUGUGAAUGUGUUUACAAUAUAUUUUAUAUUUGAGCUUCAUGUGUAUGCUUUUGCUCAGUAUCAUGAUUUUUGCGCUUCUUUUCUUUAUUGAAAUUACAGAUUAUCCUUAUUGUGACUGAAGCAGUUAAUAUUUUAUGUUUUGUUGUUAUCUUUGAUAUUCUCAGUAUUGGUGUUAUUAUUAUAAUUAUUACUAUUAUCAUUUGUUAUUAUUAAUUAUCAAUAUCAUUAUAAUUA